CCAUUGUGGUGUGUUGAGGGGGAGUGAGCAGCUAUCUGAGAGAAGGGGGGAAAAAAGAAGCGAACUGUGGGACCAUAGAGCGGACUAUUGAUAAGCAGGCAGAAAUGGGCGUACAUAUACGACACGUCCGCUUCCGUCCCCUGUGAAGAGAGAGACCUUUCGGUCCAGUCGGGGGGGCGAAAAAAAGCUCCGGAAAAUGAAGAGUUAAGAGCCCCCACAAAGCCAAGUGUUUAUGCCAGCAGCAGCUAGCAGGCUAGCUCUUCGGCUAGAUGUGUGUAACGGAGCUGGAAACUGGAAGUCCGUGUGGAGUCGUCGAGCUCAGGAGAAGCGGCUUUUCGGUGAAGAGAUAAAGACUGGCUGAGAUUAUUAUUAUUUUGUUUAAUUUAAAGCACCUUUCUCUCGGCUCGAAAGUAGGCGCAACUUUAAACGACAUGAUACCAGCUGAGCUCUGACCAUUGAACUAACUACUUCUCCAUCAGGAACCACUUCAAAGUGUGAUUAAAAGGAAGUGGGGCAGCUCUGAUCAAAGAACUGCUGGCUCAAGUGGGCUCUCAAACUCCAGGAAGAGAGAAGAUGACUCCCUCACCGCAGCCAGAGACCGGCAGUGGGCAGCUAUGUCAACCUUGUCCCCUCCUGCAGCUCUACAACUUUCCUCUUUGCACCAUGAAACCCAUUCAUUAAGGGUUAUUCCCUGACAUUUAAUCUGGUACCCUUCCUAUUCCCCAUCCCUUAGUACCCCACCUUCCCUUCCCAUUCCCAACAUGCUGCGGUUUCUGCCUCUCAAACUGGGCCGACUGUACCGCUGUUUGAAGCUGCUGUUAGUGCUGGGCUUGUCUGUUAUCUUGCUGAUGAACACCCACAACCUGUUUGCCUCCUUCCAAAAGAAUGAGCUGACUGACAGACGGUUCAUUAACCUUAACAAGUGUCCUGCCUGCUUUGGCACCAGCUGGUGCCGCAAGUUCAUGAACGGUCAGGUUUCCUUUGAGACCUGGGGUCGUCUGAGGUUUCUUGACGUCUUCAACGUUAAGAACGUUUUCUUUGCGCAGUACGGAGAGCCCAGGGAGGGCACGCGACGUGUGGUGCUCAAGCGGCUCGGCUCCAACCAGGAGCUGGCCGAAAUUGACCAGAAAAUCUGCAAGAGAGCCACAGGCAGACCUCGUUGUGACCUCAUCCAGGCCAUGUACAAGACAGAGUUUGCCCGGAUCAACGGAGACGUUCGUUUGCUCACUCCAGGUGUGGUGGAGGGCUGGUCGGACCUGGUGCACUGCCCUUCACAGAGAUUGCUGGACCGUGUGGUGCGAAGAUAUGCUGAAACUAAAGACUCAGGCAGCUUCCUUCUAAAGAACUUGAAGGACACAGAGAGAAUGCAGCUGUUGAUGACUUUGGCAUUCAACCCAGAACCUCUUGUACUGCAGAGCUUUCCAUCGGAUGAAGGGUGGCCGUUCGCCAAGUACCUGGGAGCGUGUGGGCGCAUGGUAGCUGUCAACUACGUGGGCGAGGAGCUGUGGAGCUUCUACAAUGCACCAUGGGAGAAGAGGGUUGACCUGGCGCGGCAGCUGAUGGACAUUGCAGAGCAGCUCACCAACAAUGACUUUGACUUUGCCCUCUACCUGCUGGAUGUCAGCUUUGAUAACUUUGCAGUCGGCCCCCGGGACGGAAAAGUCAUCAUUGUUGACGCCGAAAAUGUCCUGGUUGCAGACAAAAGACAGAUAAAGCAAGACAAGCCGGAGAACUACGACGUGUGGUAUGAGAGCCGCUUCGAGGAGUGCGACAGGGAGGCCUGCCUUUCUUUCUCCAAGGAGGCCCUCUGUUCCCGGGUCACUGUGGACCACAACUACUAUGCCGUGUGUCAGAACCUGCUGUCGCAGUACGCCACGUGGCGGGGAACCACCGGAGGCCUCCUUCACAACCCGCCUGCUCACAUAGCCAAAGAUGGACAACUCGAGGCUUUGUUGGACGAGUGCACCAAACCCAAAAAGCGAUACGGCCGCUUCCAGGCGGCAAAGGAAUUGCGCGAAUACCUCACACGGUUAGCUGCUGCCUCCUCCUCUGCCAUGGCAAGGUAAUGCAUGGGGUCGGCGUUGGCCUGAUGAUUUGAGACAUAAUUUUGUACUCUCUAUCUGGACUCUUGACCUGUUGUUCCUUGUUCAUGAUGUCAUUUGCUCCUUUGCGCUUUGGAGCAGGAAGAAAGUGUUGAAAUCAAACCCUGUUAAAGCCCCAGCUUUUACCUUGACUUUUCUCCUUUGUAUGAAAGGAGUGUGGCGCUGCAAAAAAAAAGAAAAAAAAAAAGUCCUGCCUGAGCCAGGACAGCGAGGUUACAAGGUUGACCUCUCGGGCUCUCAGGGUGGGCUACCACCUCCGGAGCGGAGAUAAGGAAGGGCUCCGGUAAACACAUCUGUCAUUGGAGCCAGGCUAACGGCAGCAGUCGCAUCACACAGCCCAGAUGAUCAUUUUCCUCUUUAUUGCCUCAGUUUCUUCGCUUUAUGCCGUUAGAAAUGUUAACAUCUGUUUCAGUUAUAGUACUGAGUUUUAUUUAAUUUCUGGAAGGGUUGAUCUGCUUUGGACUGAAUUGUAGUCAUUUGAGCCAUGUUUAUGUUUUGCUGUGUUUCUGGCUCUUAAUUUUCUGUAGCAUUGCUGCCUGAAAGGUGGAAGUAGCAUCACCUGCUGCGGGGUAGCAGGCAAGGCCAAGGGAGAGAAUAAGCAGGUUGGAAGUUUAUGGAUAUCAGAGGAAUUAGAAUAACUUGACAGCUACUCAUUUCAUGUAGAAAUGCAUCUCGAUAAUCAUUAAAAAUCAUCAAAAAGGGUUGUUUUUUUUUUCUGUUAUACAGUUCAAAAAAACAUGCACAUAUUUGGUAUUGUAACUUUAGAUUUGAUUUUAAUUUUUAUAGAAUAUGAAAUUAGACUAACAAAAGGAUAUAAAACAAAAUCUGGCCAUAAAUGUAUCUGUAUAUGAUGUAUACUUCUGCAUUCAGUACUUAAAUAAACAACUAAAUAUGAAUUGCUACAUCAACUCUGUGCGUCAUGGAGAUGAUCCGCUAGAAGUCUGAUUGCUUUAUGAAACCCUUCAGCUUAUCAGCUUUCUGACUCUCCUGUGCAAAAUAUUCUUCCAUCCAAAGCUGAGAUCACAACACAAAACCCAGUCCCUUUUUCCUUUAGUAAGUAGCUAAAUACAGGGAAUUAUUAAAUCCCUUACCCAGGACACGUAUGUGCGUGUCUUUUCUAAAAGAAGCGUUUCCAGCUGUUGUCUGUCUGUAAAAUUCCCUAAAACUCUUGACGGCCCUUUUUCCAUCCAAUAAACUUUCCAUUGUGUUUGGUUACAGAACUUUGGAAAUAGGCUUUUGCAAUUACCUUUGUAGCUCACCCUAUGAAUUAGUUAGCUAUUAUGCUUCUGUAUUUUCGUCUAAAUUUGGCAGAAAUUUCGUACUUGCUCAAUGAAUUAACCACUUUUUCCUCCCCCCUCUUAGAUCUCAUCUUUCUCAUAAGCUCUAAGCUAUAAUUGUCUAAAUUUAUGAAAACAAAAGCUCUAAAUCUGUAAUUUUGCUAUGAAUCCUUGUUUUGAACAGUAUUACUGAAAAAAAAAUAACUUUCUGAUGAUGUAAAACUUAUUGAGAUGCAAACUUUUAUGUUUUCCAAUCACUGUUUUCAGGUUUCAGAAAUGUGGCAAUCAUUUUUCUUUCUUUUUUCUUGUGUGUGGAUCUUUUUUUCUUUUCUUUUUUUAUAGGAAUCAGAAAGGGUGAGACAGCUGCUCAUAGAAAACUGCGAUAAUUGGACUGCUGAAGUCCCUUAAUGCAGAUGUGAGACCAAAGAGGCUAUUUGUAAUAAGAGACCACUGUUUUUCAUUCGGUUGGUCUGCACUCUGAAGAACAGACUGAAUAUAGAUAUUUUUUGUUCCACUAAAAAUCAUCCGCCAGGACUGUUUUGAAUGAUUCCCUUUACUUUGUAGGCCUCUAGCAGGAUUGAUAAAUGAUCUGUUAAACACUUUUUUCUCCAUCAGUGUCAUAAAAAACACUUAAUUUAAAAGAGAAAAUGAAGUGAGUCUAAAAGAACCAGAGGACAUGAUUAAUCCUCAUUCUUUUCUUUCCCUUUUUUAUCUUGAUUUGAUGAAUGAAUCCUAUUGUCAGACUUCUCCAAGUGUGCUCAACACUAUAACCUCUGUCAGGUCAAUGGGAAUAAUAAAAAAAAGGGAACAGAGAAAUCUAUGAAAUGACUUUCUUGUAACGGAAGCAGCUUCCAGACCUGCAGUUUUUGAAUUUUGCAGUUCAGAAAUCUCCCUGUUAAAUAUUUAAAUGCUCUGUGCCACUUAGAGGUUGGAGAUGAUUUUACACUCAGUGGACCAACAAAUUAAAAGCAUAUUCACAAAUAGUGGGUCAUUUUGCUCUUGGUUUAUGGGACACGUUCAUCACAACAACUCGGUUUAAAAAAAAAAAAAAAGGCCUCUAAAUCCUUUUUUUCUCUUUUUCAUUCUUUUAAAGUCAUAAGUAGGAUAUUGAAUACCUAGUGGGGGUUUAACAAAGACUUAAGUAAGUAGAGAAAUAAAGUGGAUCUUUUGUUUGAUGGAAAAGCUGACAUGUUAGACUGAUGUGUUUUUUGCCAGCUAGGAAAAGCAAUAAAGACCAGUUUGGAUUUUUUUUUUUUCCUUUUGUUUCUACUGCAUUCAUUGUGACAGCUAUGUUUUUGUUUCCCCAUGACUCCAUAUAUUUAACUAUGGAAAUGCUGAAUUUUGAGGGAUUUGUUCAUGUGUAACUAACUGUCCACUUUUGUACUGUAUUUUUCUUUGAGUGUUAUAUCAGCAUUGUCUGAUUUUUUCCUGUGCCUUUCAUUGAAAAGUUGUAUUUACAACUUUUAGUGGAUUUAAAUAUUAAAAUAAAUGAAGAUAUAUAUAUAUAUAUAUA